UUAUACAAGACACAAGAUGAUAGAAGGAAUGUCAUAGACAUAUAAUGCAAAUUAUAAGGUAGCAUAAAAGCAUUUCGAUCUAGGUAUAAUUAUGGAAGUAGGUUGAAAAAAGUGCAGUUUUAGUUUAAGACAAUAAAUGUCGUCAGUGCAAAAGAGGCAUUAGUGAUAGUGAUAUCGUGAUUUAACAAACGAGACACUUGGAAGUGGAAAAAAAUAGGUGUUGUGUACCAAAACUUCAACAAGUUAUUGCGGGUAUUAUGUGUCACAGAAGAUAUCUCUUUACGUUAGAAAGGACGUAAACUUGAAAGUUUUUAAAUUGUAUCGUGUCCACAAAGUUUUUAGUAUCAUGUAGAAAGUAUUGGAACGAAAUAUCUGACCUUUUUUAUUGUUUACUAGUUUGGAGCGUAUGGUAUUCCCGGACUUUUAUACGAUGUCGGUAGAAGCCGAUACUCGAUCGCUUAAAAUUGUGAAGAGAAUUUAUGAACCUUCCAAAUCAAGGACAAUCCGCAGCCCUCAAGUUAGAAGAAAGUUGAUACGAUAUCACUUGGGCAAUUUAACAUGGAAAAUUUCGCAAGAUAUCGCUUUGAGCAUCAAAAGCAGUUCCCCCCCCCCCCCCCCGCCGGAUAAUAUUUCUGUUUUUAAAAAUUUUAUUCAAUCAAAGAAUAGGAUUUAUGUUAAUUUUUCAAAAAAAAACCCACAGGCUACUUAAUACUAUUUAUAAAUCUUCUGGAGUGGUUGAUGAUGAAUGAAACUUGCUGACGUUUGGUUUCGCGAAAGAUUUGUAAAUAGGAUUUAUGUUUCAACAUUUUCUAUUGUUCUAUGUUUUAUUUGUUUAAAUAUUUCUAACAUGGAAAAAGAAGGAUAGAAGAAGAAGUAGAAGAAAAAAAAGAAGAAUUGAAGUUGGAAACAUGAAGAAGCGCACCAGGAGGUAGAAUUGGAUCAACGUGAAUUCAUUUUUUUAUUGUCGCGAUAACUGUUAGCAAUAGAUGACUUUUUAUUCGUUUGAUUGAAAUUAUUCGCCAUCUGAAGAGAGAGAAGAGCGCAACGACCAAGUAGAUCAAGAUGCAUUGCCAUAAAUUUUUUUUAUGUUCUCUCAUGUGUGCUUCCGUCUAAUUCUAAUAAAAAUUUUAGAUACAUAAACGAAACUCACAAGUAUGUCAGGCAGACCCCAAAAUUUGUAAACCAGAUACGAUCCGAAAUAGUUUACCUCCAUAAUUACAACUGUCGUGUAGCCAGGAAUAGCAGCGUGUACCCUCUUGGAAAAACUAUGAGAAAGCUGCUCAUUUGUUACGUGGAGUUAGAAAUGGCUGUUCUAAGUAAACCCGAAUUUAAUCGGGAUUCCUAUAUCACAAUUGCUCAAGACAGAGUCGUUAGGUUAUUGUGUUUGAUAUAUGCCGAGUAUAGCAAAUUUAGUCCAAAAACUCCGGGGCAAAACAAUUCAAAUGACGUUUGGAAGCUCGUGUGCCUGUUGCUGGAAGAUGUAGAUCUCGAUACACAUAACGCCGUCGAUGGGAUUAGAAGAAUGGUCUUCAGGCGGAUUGAUAUUUCAAAGGAAAGGACGUUGUCGGCGGGUCAAGUGAUAUUAAAUCACAUGAAACUUCCCAGGCAGUAUAUUCUCGAUUUCGAAAAAAUGGAGGAAGACGACAAUGAAAGCGACGAUGACGAAACUUUUCCGUUCGACUUGCAAAAAUUGGGAGUAACCCAAACAGAACGUUUAAAACAAAAAAGGGAGACGUUUCAAAUACCGAAACCGACGCCAGUGUCACUCGAAAUUGGCGAGGGGAUCAAAAUAGAAUUGACUUUGGGGCCACAACAAUCAUCGAGAAUGGAAGACUCGACCGAGCUGGUUCCUACCAUUGAUCUCACAGGUGGUAGUGCCAUCGAGAUAUUUUUACCGGAGAAAAGAGUACAGGACAGUGCGCGAAGAAGGGCACAGUUAGAAAGGAUGGCGAUGAUUGAAGAGGAAAAGCGUGUUGCGCGUGACAAAAUUAUCGCCGAGUCGUGGUUGAAACAUAGGCCCAAGGACAUAAACUUCCAAGAAAAUAACUUUAAACCAUUAUUGGCUAAUACCAUUAUAGACUUACUAGAUAGUGAUGAUGACGACACCCCUCCCCCUUGUAACGCAAUAUGUGCUUCCUCGACAACCAUUAAAAACGAAGAUGUCAGUUUACCUGCUGUUCUCGAAACUGAAACCACUCACCAAACAUUCUCUGUGAAUAAUACUUCCAAGGGGGUCUUUACCAUCCGAAAUGAGUCUGGCAGUCAAAAUGCUGACGUCAUUAUAUCUGAAAAAUCUGAAAGAAAAAAAGAGGAAAUAAUUCAAGAAAAGAAAAGCGAAGAAAAUGAAACCACUGUGGAAAAUGCAGCUGAUACGAAUUUGGGUAAUCAUGGUGCUCAGUCUAUUGAAAAAGGAAUCAGCGAAUUCUCCUCACAUAAUAAUGAGAAAAAGUUUAUUGCAAUAGACAUUCAACGAGAAAGUGAAGAUAAGGAAACUGCCACGGAAAACGGGGCCUAUCCGAAUUUGGAUAAUGGCGGUCCUCAAACUAAAGUAAUUGAAGUUGCGUCCUCUGAAAAACCAUACAUUUUUCAAGAAGUGAAUGUUACUCUAAAGGAAAUUCAAGGGAAAAGGGAAGAGAAAGAAACCGCCAUGGGAAAUGCAGCUGACCCGAAUUUGAAUAAUGAUGAUACCGUGACUCGAGACAUUAAAUUGGAAUUCCCUUCAAAUAGUCACAAGAAAAGAGUCACUGAAAAAGACAUUCAAAGAAAAAGUGAAGGGAUAUUAACCUUGGAAAAUGAAGCUGAUACGAAGUUGGAAGAUUUUCAGAAUAUUGCAAUUGAAGGAGUGUCCUCUGAUAAAAAACUAGAAAUAAUUGAUGUAUGCAGUGUGACUCAGAACACUAAAUUGGAAUUCCCGUCAAAUAAUAACAAAAAAAAACUUGCUGACAAAGACAUUCAAGGAAAAAUUGAAGAUAAAGAAUCAACCAUAAAAAAUGAAGCUGAUACGAAUUUAGUUGAUUUUCAAUACAUUGAAAUUGAAGGCGUGUCUUCUGAUGAAAAACUAAAGAUAAUUGAAGGAGAGAGUGUGAGUCAAAACAUUGAAUUUGUUACUCUAAAAGACAUUGAAGGGAAAAGCGAAAAAAAUGAGACCGCCAUGGGAAAUGCAACUGAUCCAAAUUUGGAUAAUGAUCGUUCUCAAAAUAUUAAAAUUGAGGGAGCGUCCUCUGGUGAAAAAUUGGGAAUAAUUGAAGGUAUGACUAAAAAUAUUGAAUUGGAAUUCCUUACAAAUAAUAACCAGAACAAAGUUGUUGAAAAAGAUAUUGAAAGAAAAAGUGAAGAAAAGGCAUCUACCAUGGAAAAUGUACCUUGUCCAAAUUUGUAUAAUGAUGGUUCUCAAAAUAUUGAAAUUGAAAGAGUAUCCUUUAAUGAAAAACUAGAAAUAAUUGACGAAAUCAGUGUCACUCAAAAUAUUCAGUCGGAGAAUAACAAGAAAAAUGUUACUGGGGAAGAUCUUCAAAGAAAUGCUGAAGAAAAUGAAUCUACCAUGACAAAUGCAACUGAUCGGAAUGCGGACGAUGAUGUUUCUCAAAAUAUCGAAAUAGCAAAACUGUCCUUUGAUAAAGAAUUUGAAGUAUGUGUGACUCAAAAUAUUGAAAUCACGUUACCUUCAAAUAAAAACAAUAAAGAUGUCACACUAAUGGGCAUUCGAGGAGAAAGCAAAAUUACUUUUGAAAAUGAAACUGAUUUGAAUAUGUGUAAUGAAGCAUCUCAAAUCAAUGAAACUGUAUCUCUAACCUCUGCCGAUGUUGGACCAUCCAAAUUAGAUGUAGGAGGUGAUGUUUAUCCGGAAAAUUUCAGACACAGAUAUCAGCUUGGCGAAGAACAAAACAAAAAGGUCAAUAUUGUUAAAAAAAAUAUUUACAGCAUGGAGCACAUCUUAAAAACUUCGAAUGUUUCGGAAAAUGUCAGCAUUCCCCACGAAAUAGCAAGCUGUCUUUCCAAUAUACAAGACGGGGAUGUUGCUAUUGAUCUUUCUACAGAUAGUCGUAAAAAUGUCGAAGAGCUGUUGGUUUCUACCAAAAUCGAAACAAAUCAGCACGCUAUAGGAAAAGGAAUCGGAAACGAAUCUGAACUUUUGAACGUUAGCAAAUGUUCGGUUGAUAAUAAAGGUGUUGAUAGUAGUUGUCAUGUUGAAGCAAAAUUGGAUGGGGAUGAUGGAAUAAUUUAUGAGUUAUGUUAUAAAAAUGCCAAUUCUUCAGCUAUAACUGAAAGUGAAUCAUGUUUAGAUCUUGUUGGUGACAGGUUAAUUAGACCUAUAUAUUCAAGUUGCUUUCCCGUCUCACCUAGCGAGGAUUUUCCAAAGGAUGAGACUGAAAAUACAGCCAAAAACGAAACUACCAAUCAUGGUCUAAAUGGUGGUUUUGAUACUCAACUGUUCAAUAACGUCAAGGUCACCAGUGAGGAUCUACUCUUGAGAUUAUCCCAAAAAAAUGAAGUUAUCAAUAAUGAAAUUCCAGAUUGUAAGAAUGAUGAUGGAAUUUGUAAUGAAGAUAAUGAUUACUUUAUAUUUGGUACAAGAUCAGAUAUCGAUCGCAGAACAUUGAGUAUUAAUAUUUGUAGCGAUUUAGAACACUGUGAAACUAAUCAAGAACGGAUGCCAGAGAAAAGUGGAACUACCAAGAACAAGUGCAAACAAUCACCAGAUCUUAUAGGACCACAAACUGAAAUCACGCUAAAGGAUAAUCUUGAGAAUGUUAAAAGCAAAGUUGUUGGCCAGGAAGUUAGUGACCUUUCAGAAUUUAAACAAUCCUCAAGAUAUAUUGCAACAACAGCCGGUGUCCUUAAUACUUCGAUCGAAACAAUUGAAAAUCCAUGCAUCAACAAGGAGAUUAAUCCUGAAGAGAAUGAUAGCCAAGGAGAAUCAUUGAUUGAUCCAAAAUUAUCUAUUAGUACUCCCGAAAUUGCAGUAGAGGUUGAAACUUUAUGCAGUAAUGAUAGCAAUGAACUAGUAGAUGCAACCGGUGAGGCUAUAGAAGUUAAUGAUGAUAAUGAUACCUCAAUAAAAAGCAUUCAUGCACAGGAAACUGACUGUCCACAGUCAUCAGAACUCUUUAAUAAUGCUGGAAGGGUACUAAAUGAAACUGUAGAGAAGAGUGUUGGUGAGGAAAUGAAUUCUGAUUGUAAUGACACGUGUAAACAACUAGUCGCAACAUAUACUGAAGAAGUGCCGAAUGAAGACACAAAUUAUCCUACUGGUGAUUCCCAUGAAGAACCAUUAUCAUUAGACAUAACAGAGUUCGAACUUUACGAUAACGAAAAUAUUGUAACAAGCAAUGCAAAAAUUGUUGUAAAUGAAGUUAUAUUUGAUGAUAACGAUGCCAAUGAUAGCAUUUUCAUUCCCCUUCCUGGUGUCAAUUCCGAAAAUGAAAUGGAGAAACAUGACUCGGGUAAUAUUACGUUGUUAGCAACAGCAGCGUCGUUACAGGAAAAAAUACCAAUCAAAUAUAGAUCCGCUAUGAAGACAAUAAAAAAUGAUGUAUAUAAACAGAUACAGUGCAACGGCGGCAUUGAGGAUGAUCGCGAUAAUAACGACAGCGAUAAUCUCCACAUUGAUGAAGAACUAGAGAGCAAGGUGACCACGAGUUGUUUUGACUCAUACACGUUUUUCGGCGAUCAGUUAGUAGGUGAGUCUAAGAAACAGAGUUCUCCUAAAAAAACUUUCAAUACUCGACACAAACGUCGACAAUUGAAGACUUCACCUAAGGAGAGACAAAAAGAAAAGUCAGUCAGUCCGGUUAAAAUUGUAUCGAGAAAGGAGGGCUCUACCGAAAGCCAAUUAAGUUGUAGUCCCAGAUUGCUUGUAACAAAGGCAUCCGUGAAAUCAUUUAAAUAUACUUGUAAUACGACUGUUCAAAGUAGUGACACAGACGAUGAUGAUACUCCACUAUCGAAAAGAAUCGAAAAAAAAACGAAUUGUUCUGUCGGCAAUGGAUUAGGCAAAAGCAAUGAGAAAAGUAAAACACCUGCCAGACCGCGAGGCAGACCCAGAAAGGUGCCUUUGGAAAAAAAUUGCAAACCAGUAGCAGAAAGAACCGAAUGUUCUCCGAGAUUGAGAAAGAAGUCAUAUGACGGCCAUGCAGAUGUAGACACGAUCGGAAAGUGUCCACAACAGAAUAACCAAAUCAUGAUAUCCCCUACAAUUACCGAUAUGGCGAGUCAGUUUAGUCCUCGGGGUAAAAAACUAAGCAAAGAGGGGCCACUGAAACUUAAUCCUGAAACGAACGAAGGCGUACAAGUAUCGUCAAAAACUAAAACAAAAGUGGAGUUGACGACGUUCAACCCUUCUCUUACUCCCAAGGAAAAAUAUAAACUCGCGCUGCGAGCUCAACUGAAUCAACUGAGCGAAACCUCGGAGGCGAAACCUGUGGUGCCACCGGCCAAACUUCGUAGGAAGUCAGAAAAUAUAAACUUUAAGCAAGGUGCUAUUGUCCAGAAAGAGGCGACGGACUUACCAACUGUAAAUGUACACAUCGAUUUGCUCUCUAACUGUAAAAACACUUUAAAGGCGACAGCUGAUAAGUUGAAAAGAAAACUUGCAGGCGAAGAUAAUUUUUUCGCAGAAAGUGUGCCUAAGAGGGAGAAAGCAAAGGCCGUAAUGCUAAACUCUGAUGAGAAUUUAUCAAAUGAUAUGGUGUUACGUGACAUCAGGGAGGAAGUGUCAAAGGUUGUGAGCAAAUUGGAAAAUACGUCUUUAUUUAAUGAUACUUCUAAUUCCAUCGAGUCAAACAAUCAAGUAUUAGGCCAGCAUGAUGUUCAGGUAAACGGAACUAUCAAUCGUAAUGGGGAACGAGAAAAUGAAAAUACAAGUCCAUUUUAUUCAAUGGACAAAAGGCAAUCAGCAUCAUGCAACCGACGAAAUUCUGCAUUUGGUGAUGUCAAACUCAUUGAUACUGACAAAGCAACAAAGCCUGUUGACAGUACCGUCGGUGAUCUUUCAAUAAACGUGAUAAGUAUUAAGUCUGCGCUUUCAUCUAUGAAAAGUAAUUCGGAAGCCGCUGACCGUGCAAAUCCAAAAAAAAUGCAACUUGAACCAUCAGAAAACAAAGGGACUAAAGAAUCCAAAACUAAAAACUUCGACACUAUAAAAAAGAACCAAAAACACAAACGAUCACGUUCUAAUGCAGAGUAUAAGAAAUCCGAAGAUUCGAGUAAGAGUCGUCCAGAUGAUAAACACAUAUUAGAUGUUAAUGAAACAUCAUCGGAUUGUAGAAGGAAAAAAAAGUCUAAUAAACUGUCAAAUUCAUAUGAAAAGAGCAAAAAAGAGGAGACGCUCAAAACUGAGAAAAAGCAAAGCAAAGCAGGUCUGUCUCACGUAAUGAAUGAAAAGCAAAAAUGCCGAAGUAAAGGUGAUAACACAGACAGGUACAGCAAAAAAGUAGAGGAGAAGCGCGAGUCAAAGGAACGAGUGAAACGUGGUAAAGAAGAAAAGGUAAAUAAAAACAAAAUUAAAACACUUAAUAAUACAAGAGAGGAUAGUAAUAAAAAUACGAACCAGAACGGCAAAUAUGUGAAAGAAAAUCCAAUUUCUCAUCACUUGAUAAGUUGGAUCGAUGAUAAAUUGGAAUCUUCCCAUUUCAGUCAGUUAGGCAAAAAUAACUACAAAUUUGGUUGCGCUUCUAGGGAGCACCAAAUUAUAACUGAAAAAGGUGUCGAUCUACUACAGUCAGGUUUUAAAGAAUCCGUGAAACAUGAUGACAAACCUAUAAACACAAUUUCCAUAAAGGAAUCGAAUCCAAAAACUGCGAAGACUAGUCCUGUCGCAGAUGUCACAUAUUUCGAUGAAGCAAAAGCAAAUUGUUGUAAAAAGAAGACCUCAAAAGUUGUGAUCGGAAAUUUUGAUAAUAACAUAACUCCUAUGGGCAACGCCAUGGGUAUGGAUGAAAAGGAGUCAAGUGCGCGUGUUUCUACAGAGAACUCAAACGAAGAUGUGAAAACAGAUCUCUACAAAUUGAAUGUGACGAAAUUUGAUGUAACUGAUACAGAAGGAUCAGCACUGCAUUAUAGCGGGAACAUUUCAAAGGGUGUGAAUGGAAGUUUAACUGAUAACGUCACUGAUACGACCGCACUUGGUAUGAACCCUAAAACGGUACGGCAAACAGAAAAUAUUCCAAACCAAUACAUCAAUAGUGUUUCUGCAGAAAACUCUAGUGAAGAUGCAAAAACCAAUCUCUGCAAAUUUAUCGUAACGAAAUCGGAUGAAACGGACCCAAAAGAAUCAUCAUUGCAUUAUGGGAAGGACAUGCUAAAGGGUAUUAUUGGAAGUUUGCCUAUUAACGCCACUGAUAUGACCGCGCCAGAUACGGACAACAAUGCAACACAGCAAACAAACGAUAUUCCAAACCAUAAUGUGAAUAGGCUUGUUUCUACAGAAAACUCUAGGGAAAAUGUAAAAACAGAUCUUUGCAAAUUCGGUGUAACGAAAUCUGAUGCAACUGGCCCAGAAGUAUCAUCAGACGUUGUUGGAUGCUUGGCUAUUAAUGUCACUGAUAUGACCGCACUUAGUGCGGACCACAGACUAACACAGCAAACAAAAAAUAUUCUAAACGAAAAUAACAGUAUACAUAUCUCUAGAGAAAACUCAACCAAACAUAUAAAAACAGAUCUUUGCAAAUUCAUUGUGAACAAAUCUGAUGUAACUGACCCAGAAGAAUCAGCAGGCGUGGUUGGAAGUUUGGCUAUUAACUUCACUGAUAUGACCGCACUUGGUGCGGACACCGGACUAACACAGCAAACAAAACAUAUUCUAAACGAAAAUAAUGGUAUACAUGUCUCUGGAGAAAACUCAAGGGACCAUAUAAAAACAGAUCUUUGCAAAUUCAUUGUGAACAAAUCUGAUGUAACUGACCCAGAAGAAUCAGCAGGCAUGGUUGGAAGUUUGGCUAUUAACGACACUGAUAUGACCGCACUUGGUGCGGACAACAGACUAACACAACAAACAACAAAUAUUCUAAACGAAAAUAAUGGUAUACAUGUCUCUAGAGAAAACUCAGGCAAAUAUAUAAAACCAGAUCUUUGCAAAUUCAUUGUGACCAAAUCUGAUGUAACUGACCCAGAAGAAUCAGCAGGCGUGGUUGGAAGUUUGGCUAUUAACGUCACUGAUAUGACCGCACUUGGUGCGGACAACAGACUAACACAACAAACAACAAAUAUUCUAAACGAAAAUAAUGGUAUACAUGUCUCUAGAGAAAACUCAGGCAAACAUAUAAAAACAGAUCUUUGCAAAUUCUUUGUGACCAAAUCUGAUGUAACUGACCCAGAAGAAUCAGCAGGCGUGGUUGGAAGUUUGGCUAUUAACGUCACUGAUAUGACCCCACUUGAUGCGGACAACAGACUAACACAGCAAACAAAAAAUAUUCCAAACGAAAAUACCAAUAUACAUGUCUCUAGAGAAAACUCAAGCGAACAUAUAAAAACAGAUCUUUGCAAAUUCAUUGUGACCAAAUCUGAUGUAACUGACCCAGAAGAAUCAGCAGGCGUGGUUGGAAGUUUGGCUAUUAACGUCACUGAUAUGACCGCACUUGGUGCGGACAACAGACUAACACAACAAACAACAAAUAUUCUAAACGAAAAUAAUGGUAUACAUGUCUCUAGAGAAAACUCAGGCAAACAUAUAAAAACAGAUCUUUGCAAAUUCAUUGUGACCAAAUCUGAUGUAACUGACCCAGAAGAAUCAGCAGGCGUGGUUGGAAGUUUGGCUAUUAACGUCACUGAUAUGACCGCACUUGGUGCGGACAACAGACUAACACAACAAACAACAAAUAUUCUAAACGAAAAUAAUGGUAUACAUGUCUCUAGAGAAAACUCAAGCGAGCAUAUAAAAACAGAUCUUUGCAAAUUCAUUGUGACCAAAUCUGAUGUAACUGACCCAGAAGAAUCAGCAGGCGUGGUUGGAAGUUUGGCUAUUAACGUCACUGAUAUGACCCCACCUGAUGCGGACAACAGACUAACACAGCAAACAAAAAAUAUUCCAAACGAAAAUACCAAUAUACAUGUCUCUAGAGAAAACUCAAGCGAACAUAUAAAAACAGAUCUUUGCAAAUUCAUUGUGACCAAAUCUGAUGUAACUGACCCAGAAGAAUCAGGAGGCGUGGUUGGAAGUUUGGCUAUUAACGUCACUGAUAUGACCCCACCUGAUGCGGACAACAGACUAACACAGCAAACAAAAAAUAUUCCAAACGAAAAUACCAAUAUACAUGUCUCUAGAGAAAACUCAAGCGAACAUAUAAAAACAGAUCUUUGCAAAUUCAUUGUGACCAAAUCUGAUGUAACUGACCCAGAAGAAUCAGGAGGCGUGGUUGGAAGUUUGGCUAUUAACGUCAAAGAUAUGAACGCACUUAGUGCGGACAACAGACUAACACAGCAAACAGAAAAUAUUCCAUGCGAAAGAACAGAAAACUUAAGCGAAAAAGUAAAAACAGAUAUCUGUGAACUACGUGUGUCUAAAUUUGAUUACAUAGCUCAGGAAACUACACAUUAUUGGAAGGAUGCGCCAAAUAAUUUGCUUAUUGACGGCGAUGAUUUGAGCACAGAUUAUACGGAGAACAUACAUCUAAAUAGCGCAAAUAAGAAUGAAAUUAUAAGCGAAAAUGUGAAAAGGGAUGAAUGUAUAACCAAAUAUGAGACAAUUUAUCAAAAUACAGCAGCGACACAUUCUGAUAAGGACACCACAAAGAGUGUGAUUAAAAAUUUGGUUAUAAAUGUUACCAAUGUGAACACAGAACAUGCGAUUCAAUUAAAUGUAGAAAAUAAAGAUUUGAUCGAAAAUACUCCUCCCCCAGCCAAGAAACAAAAAUUAAAUGCAAGUUACUGCAGUAGUUCGUACAGCCGCAGCCAUGCAACAGAUUUGGAUGUAGCUGAAAGCAGCAAGGUAAAAAUGGAUCUCAAGUCAAAUGUAUCUGAUGAUACCGAGCAGUAUGAAUUCUCUAAUCAAGUAAUCUUCGACUUGAUAAAUGAUUUGGUCGAUAGAGUAGCUAGUUCAGUUAGCAUUUUAAAGUCGGAAUGUGUGCCGUCAUUUGAGGACUAUUUCAGCGCUGAAGUGAAAACGCCCAAGGAGACAUCUAUCGUCCAAUUUUCAAUUUCCACAAAAACAGAUUCUGGAUUAACAUUACUGAAAGAGGAAUUUAAAGGCGAACGGAUAGAAAAUUCUGCUAUUUUCGCGCAUACCCGGAAAGAAAGUAUUUGUGGCGAUGCAUGUCAGUCAAAUGUCCCACAAAAUUCCGGUGAAGUUUACAAUGUUACCGCUUCAAAGUUCGAAAAUCAUUAUGAACCCAUCAACGGGUUUAAUACUCUGUCAGAAAAUAUUUUGGAUAACAUUAUUUGCGCAGAAGGCUCGGAAAAUGCUAGUACCAGCGAAAUCAAAACUGAACCAAGCGAUACUCCAACAGGAGGGGAUCAUACGUAUACCAGAGAUCCUUUGGUUAGAGGGAGGCAUGAGGAAAAAGAGGUGCUUUCAACUUCACAAUUUACCGACAGCAAUGUUAGUUUGGAAUAUGCUUUAGAUGAAAUCUUGGACUUUAUUCAAAUAAAUAAUGACCCUGUGAACAGUAUAUUAGGAAGUCAGUUUAGUUUGACCUUAGAAGAUGGAAACACUACCGUUCCAAUUGAUGCGUCAAAUAUAGAAAUUUGCGAUCAGCCAAGCGGCUCGAGCUGGGAUUCUUGGCAGAAUUCCGCAAAGGGUAAUAUAGGAGAGAACCCUUGCCCGGGUAACACUUCAAAUCUCGAAAAAGAAAGUUCGGCGCCGGGUAUAAACCAGAAUAUAGAAGCGACUUGGUCUUCGGAAAGUCCGAAAGUCGUAGUUGAACCGCAGCCCAACUUUAAUGAGGUAAUGGAUUUCUCCUAUCUGACAUAUCCUUCGACACCAUCCAUCGAGAAGCCUUUCGCGUACGAUGAUGUAGAAAAUGAAGAUAUAUCCAAAUGUCCUGUCGAGUCGUCAAUAGACCAACUCCUUAAGCUUUCCGAUCAUCUUGUCAAUCAAAUGAAGGACGAUGAAGCGGCAACCGUGGACAAGAAAAAAUCCAAAAAACCAGAGGAGGAUAAGUCUCAAAUUCCAAAGGACAAAAACAAAAAAUCUAAUUCAAGGCAACCUGUGAAAAGCGAAGUGCCGAUUACGCCACAACGGAGAUUAGGCCGACGUGAAAAGCCGCCACACGCUAUUACUAGAAAAAAGGAGACCUCUUACUCUGCUAACGAAAAUUCUAGAAUAGUGGAAAACGAAAAAAACAUUUCUGAGGAGCAGAAAAAAAAUCAUUGUCAUCAAAAAGGAAACUUGCCAGAUCUGGGAACUGAUUCAAAAUCCAAUCUUAAAUUCUCAGAAUAUUCAAAGGCAAAGAAAAAACCCGUUGCAGAAACUACAAUUUGCCCCGAAAGAGGUUCUCGUACGGUAAGGUCUCCAAUGUAUGUGACAGAUGUAAAAGAACCAGUAGAAAAUGUUGAUUCAGUAUUUUCGGUGCAAGAGACGAGCCCUUUGUUAUUAAAUAUUACCAAAAGGGACUCAAAAAGCUUAAUUGAUCUCGGUUUAAGCACCUGUCAAAGCUUUAAAUCCAAAUAUUCGUGUAACGAGAAAAAUAGGUUUGCUGAUAACAGAUCAACAAAUCAUAUGCCAAUGAAGAGGAAUAGUGAAGAAAAUAUACAAGCAACAAGAAUAAAAAGACAAAAGACUGUCGACAUAAAUUACAGAGAUAGUCGGAGUCACAGAAGAGAAUCAACGGCAAAUGCGUCUGAAACAAGUCCCGAUACAUCAUGGUACGAGAACGUUGAAAAGCAAUGUGGUACCGAAAUUUGGAUCGCAACUACUCCCAAGUGCACUUCCCGGAAAAUUAGAAGAAAAAAUCAGCAUUAGUAGGACAUGAUUACUUCAGAAAUGAUAUGAUGAUGUGCUCUGAAACUGCGACCCACACAACAAAUUAAUUACAGCACAAUCAAAUAUCAGUUGGUUUAUGAGUAUUUAGGACAUAUUUCAUCUUCCCCACCUAUUGUCCACAGAGGUACUUUUUGGAUUAAAUAAAUCUAGUCAUUUUUAUUUUACAUCUACGAAGCAGUGAGGGUUAUCUACAUGAUCAGGUAUAACUUUAUUUUGUUAUGUACAUUUUAAUUAGGAAGUGUUGAUGCUCUAUGCUUAGAUAAUGGUAUAAUGUCUUGAGUGACUAGAACCUUAGGAAUGAAUCGUUUUAACCACAUUUUUUUUUUUGAGUUAUCUCUUUGUAAAUAAAUUGUACUUUGUAUAUUUUGUAAUCUUGCGCAUAGUUUAAAAUUGUAUUUAGUUUCAUGAGUAAAUGAAUUUUAUUUCAUA